ACCGAGUACGUGACUGAUAAAUAGGCUGGACCGUCUCAUCCCACCGGCUGUCUGUGCUAAGAGGAGAGUCGGAGGAAGGGUAGGCAGGCUGCUGGGUGAAAUUGAACUUAGCCUUCAGUAAAAACUAAACAGAAAUCAUCAGUAAGCAUGGCCAAGCCGCUAACAGACCAAGACAAGAGGAAGCAGAUUUCGGUCCGAGGUCUGGCCGGGGUGGAAAACGUUGCGGACCUGAAAACUAAUUUCAACCGGCACCUCCACUUCACCUUGGUGAAAGACCGAAAUGUGGCUACCAAACGGGAUUACUACUUUGCCCUGGCCAACACAGUCCGGGACUACCUGGUGGGCCGCUGGAUCCGGACGCAGCAGCAUUACUAUGAGAAAGACCCGAAACGUGUCUACUACCUCUCCCUGGAGUUUUACAUGGGCCGGACUCUGCAGAACACCAUGGUUAACCUGGCCUUGGAGAACGCCUGCGAUGAAGCUACAUACCAGCUGGGUCUGGACAUGGAGGAGUUACAGGACAUCGAGGAAGAUGCCGGUCUAGGCAACGGUGGGCUAGGUCGUCUGGCUGCAUGUUUCCUGGACUCCAUGGCCUCUCUGGGUCUGGCUGCUUAUGGAUACGGCAUCCGCUACGAGUUUGGCAUCUUCAAUCAGAAAAUUGUCAGUGGCUGGCAGGUGGAAGAAGCGGACGACUGGCUGCGUUACGGUAACCCCUGGGAGAAGGCUCGCCCGGAGUACAUGCGCCCAGUCCACUUCUACGGACGAGUGGAGCACACAGCUGAAGGAGUGAAGUGGGUGGACACACAGGUGGUUCUGGCUCUCCCCUAUGACACCCCAGUCCCCGGCUAUAGAAACAACAUUGUCAACACCAUGAGACUGUGGUCUGCUAAGGCCCCUUGUGACUUUAACCUCAAAGACUUUAAUGUUGGUGGCUACAUUCAAGCUGUGCUGGACAGAAACCUGGCUGAGAACAUCUCCAGGGUUCUCUACCCCAAUGACAAUUUCUUUGAAGGGAAGGAGCUGCGUCUGAAGCAGGAGUACUUUGUUGUAGCAGCAACUCUUCAAGACAUCAUCCGUCGAUUCAAAGCCUCCAAGUUCGGCUCCACAGAGUUUGUGCGACUAGAUCUUUCUACGCUGCCAGACAAGGUGGCCAUCCAGCUGAAUGAUACCCAUCCUGCUAUGGCCAUCCCGGAGCUGAUGAGGAUCCUGGUGGACAUGGAGAAUCUCACUUGGGAGAAGGCCUGGGACAUCGUGGUUCGUACCUGUGCCUACACCAACCACACCGUCCUGCCUGAAGCCCUGGAGCGUUGGCCCGUAGACCUCUUCCAAAACCUGCUACCUCGUCACCUGGAGAUCAUCUAUGAGAUCAACAGGAGGCACCUGGAGCGCAUCACCAAGCUGUACCCUGACGAUGUUGACCGCCUGCGCCGAAUGUCCCUGAUCGAGGAAGGGGACAUAAAGAAAAUCAACAUGGCUCACCUGUGCAUUGUGGGAUCUCAUGCUGUCAACGGAGUGGCCCGCAUCCAUUCUGAAAUCAUCAUAAACACUGUGUUCAAAGAUUUCUACGACCUCGACCCUCAGAAGUUUCAGAACAAGACCAACGGCAUCACACCCAGGCGCUGGCUGGUCAUGUGCAACCCUGGCCUGGCCGAGGUCAUCGCAGAGAGGAUUGGUGAGGACUACAUCCGCGACUUGGACCAGCUGAAGAAACUUCUGGACUUUGUGGAUGAUGACUCCUUCAUUCGGGAUGUUGCCAAAGUCAAACAAGAGAACAAGAUGAAGUUUGCUGCCCAUCUUGAAGAGCACUACAAGGUGAAAAUCAACCCCAACUCCAUGUUUGAUGUACAGGUGAAGAGGAUCCACGAGUACAAAAGACAGCUGCUCAACUGCCUGCACAUCAUCACACUGUACAACCGUAUCAAGAAGGAACCCAACAAGUCAUGGACUCCCAGAACCAUCAUGAUUGGAGGAAAGGCGGCUCCAGGUUAUCAUACUGCCAAGAUGAUCAUCAAGCUGAUCACAUCAAUUGGAGACAUUAUCAAUAACGACCCUGUGGUGGGAGAUCGCCUUAAAGUCAUCUUCCUGGAGAACUAUAGGGUCACUCUGGCUGAAAAGGUCAUCCCUGCAGCUGACCUGUCGGAGCAGAUCUCCACAGCAGGUACUGAGGCCUCUGGCACUGGGAACAUGAAGUUCAUGCUGAAUGGAGCCCUCACUAUCGGCACCAUGGACGGCGCCAACGUGGAAAUGGCGGAGGAAGCUGGAGAGGAGAACCUUUUCAUCUUUGGCAUGAGGGUGGACGAUGUGGAGGCUCUGGACAAGAAGGGCUAUGACGCUGUGUCGUACUACAACCGUAUUCCUGAGCUGAAGCAGGCAAUGGACCAGAUAUCUGGAGGCUCCUUCAGCCCCAGCCAGCCCGACCUCUUCAAAGACCUCGUCAACAUGCUGAUGCACCACGACAGGUUCAAGGUGUUUGCAGACUAUGAAGAAUACAUCAAAUGUCAAGAGAAAGUCAGCGCGCUCUACAAGAACCCUAAAGAGUGGACCAAAAUUGUGAUCCAUAACAUCGCCAGCUGUGGUAAAUUCUCCAGUGACCGCACCAUUUCCCAGUAUGCCAGGGAGAUCUGGGGCAUGGAGCCCAGUUUGGAGAAGAUCGCUGCUCCAGAUGAUCCUCGCUAAACCACAUCUGCCUCCUCCACCUCACUGUAGCUCACCAUGUGGUCCAACCACUGAAGAAAACCUUGUAGCUUUUUCAAUGUGUACUGUAGCAUUAUUUCUUUACAUUAUUGACCCCUAUACAGCCUCUAUUACUCCCAGUUCAUCUUGCAGUAACAUGUAUUGAAGUGGGCUUAUUCAGAAUCUGUUUUUUUUUUUCCUCUGUGCACCAGCAAUGCAUAUUCUCACUGUUGGGUGAAAACAUUAAAGAUAUACUUACUUAUUUUGUUUGUUUUCCCAGGUGUUUGGAAAUUCUAGGUCAAAACAUCAACCAGGAGCGGAGUCAAAAAACAUUUGAGUGCUAUAACAAAAUCUGGGACUAUAUCUUUAAUCAAACUUGGACUUCCCUACUACAGGUUUCACACAACAGUGAUUCGAACCACAAUUCUAACUACAUUCCCCUUCUACUUCUGAGCCAAUAUGGCUACCAAAACCCAGCAAAUAUGCCAGUAAACCUCUGCACUGUUAUGGUUCCAAACCAACCCAUGUCUUCCAUGGAAGAGAGAAGGGACACACAGUGGUUAAUGUGCACCACAGCCUCAUAGCAGCACUGUGACUGGACAGUGUUGGAAGGAAGCCAUGUCUCCAUAUUCACUGCAGAUUAACAUUCAUAUUAAUAUUUCAUGUUAAAAGACUCUGCGACUGCACUGUCAGUGUUCUAUGGUGUUUGCUGAAUAUAUCCAUUUGUGUUAUCAUGAGUGGUCAGGGGGAGCCCUGCGAUGCAGAUGUAUUGACCCAUCAGUUUACCUGUGGUUUCCUCAGCAUGUUUGUGACUGUCUCAUUCUGUUUUACUCUGUUCCUAAAAGUGACCUUUGUUAGAAAAUAACAUAGCCUUCUCUGCCUAAAAUGUAAGUGACUGAAUUUAUCUUUGGACGAUGCGUGUAUUCUGUGGUGUAGUGUUGUGUGUGUGUGUGUGUCUAUAACAUAGAUGAGUCCAUAGUACUGUGGAUAUCCGCUUGACUUGUGUACUGUAAUAACAUACUGUCCUGCUUCAGCUACUGCAUAUGACUGUCUGACUGCUGUGGUGCUGCCUGUAGAGGCUGCAGAAAGAACAUUUCAGUCAGUCAGUGCUUUUCUUUUUUUUUUUUUUUUUAAGUCAAUAAAUGACAAAACUACAUCAAUA